UGUAACAAGUUCCAGCCUCAGAUCAAAUACAGCUCAGUCUUCAAUCAGGCCAAUUACGAAGGAUGUUUCUGAUCCAACACAACUAUUAGACUUGUUAUGAUUGGUCACUGAGCACGUCACUGGGCUCAUCAAGAAGAACCCUAAAUAAAUUUGUUAAAUACAACAAAGACAUAGAGGCCGCCGAGCCAGAUAGCAAUAAAGCAGGAUCCAAGAAAUUAAGCAAGUCUUGUGAAGAAUAACCCAGUUUUAGACUCUAAAGUAGAGAUGACCAAGAAGAAAUCUGAAAGCUCCUUGAUAAAAGUCCACUCUCGUUUUAAAAUGCAUGAUAAUGCUCAUUUUACACCUUUAAUAAGCGAAUUCGAGCUGAUGACAUUGAUGUACAAAGAAGAUACAGACUUGAGUUUUAUCACUAAGCUUCUCACUUCAAACUACUCAAUUGUGGAUAUACCUUUAACUAGCUACGUACCUAUAAUUGAUUCUUCUGAGUUAUCCCAAGUUGCUGGAAAUUUAGGGCAGUUUGAAUUUCUCCCAACUCAAGGAAUCAGUCAAAAAUACAGCAGGAGCAAGAUCAUCGACCUUAACAAGUUAAGAGAGUAUGCGAAACAAGAGAUUAUUAUUCUAAAACAGAAGGAAUAUAUACAGAAGAUCAGAGAUGCUCAAGCUAAGACCAGGAGAACCCCUACACAAGAUAAAACCAUUAGGGUAUUAGACACCAUGAGAAGUGAUCCUUCUGAAAGCAAAGAUGACAGAAUUCCAUCUUUCAAGGAAUUCACUAGGUUUAUUAAGGGACUUAGUGACACUCGGGAUGGCCUUACUAAGAAUUUACUUGUGUCUCCUAAUAAAACAGAGAGACGAUAUCUGUCUCCUCAGCCCCUCAAGUUUUCAAAGAACGUGAACAAUAGCCCAAUGUCAUUUGAACAACUUAAAAUUUUUGUUGAGCAUAAUAUCAAGAAGUUCAGAGUAAAAGGAACUAUGCUACAGUUUCCUAUCAAUGAAGAAAGGGCUGGCAAAGUUUAAAAAUUAUCAAAAAUGGAGAACAAUGACCAAGCAACCCUUGCAAUUUCAGUUAUCAAGUAGAGGAAAAUUGAGCAAGUUUAAGCUGGCACAUAAAUUUGCCAAUAUGAGGAAGCGCACCUUUUCAAGAAAUUUGACUAUUGCAAAGAAGAUCACAAUUUCUUAAUCCAAUUAGAGGAUUUGU